CACAAGAUGAGGCGGCUUAGAUGUUCUUGGAGUGCCCUGAAACCUCUAAUCAUCAUCAGCACACCGCUGGCGAUUCUACCGCUGCCACUGGUCAUCAAAACCAAGGAAGCAGAAUGCGCAUACGUCCUGAUUUUAAUGGCUGUGUACUGGAUGACAGAGGUUUUGCCUCUGUCUGUGACGGCACUUAUCCCCGCUCUGCUUUUUCCUCUUUUUGGGAUCAUGAAGUCCUCCCAGGUUGCAUCUCAAUAUUUCAAAGACUUCCACUUGUUGCUUCUGGGGGUCAUCUGUUUAGCGACAUCUAUUGAGAAAUGGGGUCUUCAUCGAAGAAUUGCCCUCAGAUUGGUGACCGGACUUGGAGUCAACCCUGGCAUGUUGAUGCUGGGGUUCAUGGUUGGCUGUGCUUUUCUCUCUAUGUGGUUGAGCAACACCUCAACUGUGGCAAUGGUUAUGCCAAUUGUGGAGGCAGUGAUCCAACAGGUUUUGAGUGCAAGUGAAGAGGCCAAUAAAGACCACAAGGGGGCAUUAAACGGCAUCUCUAACCCAGCUCUUCAACUUGAAGAUAUCGAGGCCCAGCAUGACCAGUCAGAGAAGAUAAAAAGCAUAGAAGCAGGCAUAACAGAGCCAGAGCCAACCUCUGAGGAACAUGAAACUGCUAAGGCACCGACUCCACCGUAUAGUGGAAAGUACAGGACCCGCGAAGAUCACAUGAUGUGUAAAGGCUUGUCACUUUGCAUUGCCUAUUCAUCAUCCAUUGGGGGGCUGACCACAUUAUCCGGAACAUCCACAAACCUCAUAUUUGCUGAAUACAUCUAUCAGUACUACCCAGAAUGCACCAUCGUUAAUUUUGGAAACUGGUUCGUGCUUUGUCUUCCCAUCUGCAUAAUUAUGCUGAUUUUGUCAUGGCUGUUCCUGCACUGGAUGUACCUCGGAUCCAACUUUCGUGCCAGUCUUUGCUCCAGACAGCGAACUGAAAAAGAGAAAAUCACUGCCAGAGUGCUCCGGGAUCAUUACAACUCACUGGGGCCCAUAAGUUGGCAGGAGAUUGUUACAUUGAUCAUAUUCAUUCUGAUGGCAAUUUUGUGGUUUACAAGAAAUCCAGGUUUCAUGCCAGGCUGGUCGUCAUUGUUCUCAGAUAAUCCAGGUUACGCUACGGAUGCCACUGUAGCGCUGUUGCUGGGAUUCCUGUUCUUCCUCCUCCCUUCACACAAACUAAACGCAGAUCACUACGAGGCCUUGAUAACGUGGAAGGACUUCCAGGCCUGUAUGCCAUGGGAGAUCAGUCUGCUUGUUGGUGGAGGUUUUGCUUUGGCUGAAGGAACAAAGAUUUCUGGUUUAUCGUCUUGGGUCGCUGAAUUGUUAACUCCCUUGGGAAGUCUUCCACCUUUAGCUACUGUCACCAUUGCCUGCCUUAUUGUCACAUCUAUCACAGAGGUUGCCAGCAAUGCUGCCACAAUGACAAUCUUUUUGCCAAUACUGGCACCCCUGGCCGAGGCAAUCGGAGUCAACCCUCUGUACAUGCUGAUUCCCACGGCUUUGGCUGUGUCCUUCUCAUUCCUGCUUCCGGUUUCUAAUCCCCCUAAUGCUAUCGUCUUCACGUAUGGUCAUCUGACUAGCAUGGAUAUGGUAAAAGCAGGGCUGGGUGUGAAUGUUAUAGGUAUUCUUACAGUCCUUUUAGCUCUCACAACUUGGGGAACACCUCUGCUUAAGUUGGAUACCUACCCAGACUGGGCACCGGUGGUAAACAGCACUGGAGUAUGACCAUAAUUCUGAGCAUUUUAGAAAUGUGAACAUUUAGUUUUUAAAAUACACGGGAUCCCAAUUGCAGUUGACAGUACCUAAUCCACAAUCCAUUAGUUUCAUUCCUUUGGAUCACUUGCACAAGAAGCUAAAACCAGCCUACCUUAUCCAAUACAGCAGACUGAAAACUGGGUUUGCAACGUGUGUGUUUAUAUGUUUUUGUAUUAUAAUAAUAUUUGUGAUUAUACAGAAUGUGUUAUAUAAAAUGUAUGUUUUAAGCUUUAAGCUGAGUUUGCAAGACAGGGUUAGUCUUGUUGUCUAACCAUAGCACUUAAUGUUUAUAAGAUUGUAUAUUUUUGUUAUCCUCUAGCAGGUACUUGUACAUAGAUAUGUGAAUAGUAUGUGUGGAAUGUUGAAAAAAAUUAACAAACAGCUUAGAUAAAAUUCACCUCUCAGAAUGCUAUAUAUUUUAAAUGGAAACUCAACAUCAUUGUUUAUUUUACUUGUUCAUAUUUUUUGUGAGAUAUUUCUUUGUUUUUUAUUUCAAAAUGACAAGUCUGUAUUUAAAAAACAAAACAAAAACAAAACAUUUAAAUAUAACCAGAACCAUUUAUAGUUAUCAUGUGCUAGCAGGAAUUCACACUCAUUUUUAAUAAACAAUGCUUCGGAAAA